CGCCAGCGCUGGUGAACUCUACAUACUCUCGCGUGGACCGUGCCACCGACCAGACCUGAGGAGCCACGCUGCUACUCGCAGUGCCGCGCCGGAACUAGUCGGUCAGCCUGCCCACUGGCACCACUACUACCGUCCGUUCCUCAUUCCGCCGACUGGCACCGCUGUCAGUCGUUCGUGAGCCUCCUCCUCGGUACGGCUAUUAGCCGGUCGUCAACCCGUUGUUUUUAUUUGUUCCGAUAUCAGCCGUUCGUGAACCCUCUCCUUGGUAUCGCUAUCAGCCGUUCGAUACCCGAUACACAAACCAGAGUAACGUAUUUAAUACGUUCCCAUCGCUGCACAUGCUCAUCUACGACAAUCAUCUUAGUGAAUCUUCAAAUGUUCCACUAGGGCCACUAUAAAUAAUACACUCAAGUUAUACCACAAGAAGAUUUGAAAUCGGGCAAAUCUGCUCUUAGAUAUAAUUUCUAUUAACCAUCUCUGUUUUUAAUGUGACUCAUGAAAGUGCCGAAAUUUUAAAGUGUUGGGAUUUGAAAGAAGGAUGUAUGUGGUGUUCAGUGAGGAUAAAGUGGACUAGAGAAUAUUGAUCCAUUCCUGGAGAAAGUGUACUGUGCGCUAGUGAUUUCAACAGGUUUUGGAUACCAAUCUUUAAGAGUGGAGAGAUGGUGCCCAGGUUACCCUGUCUGCUGUUAUUAGCAGGGUUGACGGUUGCAGCCUCUGGAUUGAUCAUCGGAGACGAGGGUCCUCCUGGAACACUUACGAAGAAGUCUCCCAUCUACUUUCCUGUACUACUUGACGACUUUCAGGAGUUCCCAGUGAGGCUGGGUGUGGGUAAAGAUCUGGACUCUGGGAUCAGAGAGCAGUUACCUGCGACUACCAGCAAGCCUACCACCACUACUAUCCGUCUCCCACUCAACCCUGAUGGUGUUAGCAGCCAUGUCGCCCUGGAGGUGGUGACGCAUGCGCCGGGUCCCUCCUACCUGACUGACUCCUACUACUACCUGGACGACCACACCCCACUGCCGGGCUCCACGGAGAAGCACUCUAGCGAGGAACAAGACCACGACCUGCCCGAGUUGGACCGUGAGGGCGAGGACCAGGAGCUGCAGAGUCUGACGCCUCACGCCUCUCGCUUCUUCAGCAAGAAGAAGACGUCCACUGCCCUCUUUCUCGUCGACGACAUUUCCACACCCGCCCCCAUCACGCCCAUUCAUGGCUUCAAGACGCCCAUACACGCCCCUGACUCGCCCGUACAAGCCUCUGGUUCGCCUACACGCACCCCUGGCUCGCCCACACGCACCCCUGGCUCGCCCACACGCGCCCCUGACUCUCCUACACGCACCCCUGGCUCGCCCACACGCGCCCUUGGCCCUCCCAUACACCCCCCGGCCAUAGAAACACAGGGUCCUACACGUCAAGGAGGUCAGAUCUUUGAGAGUGAAGGUCCUGGACGCACCGCGACCAGUGUAUCACCCACUCGUUCCUUCACCCGCCCACAGCCACCACCUCCCUCCCCAUCACCCAAGCCCAUCAAGCUACGACCAGCCUACACGCCCAUCCCCACGCCCGCCCCCUCUACUGUUCCCUCACGCUUCCCUGCCACUUCCAGAGCCCGCAUCAAUUACACGCCCAGUCGCGCGCCCUCCCAGGACUACGCCACGCCCAGCACCCCUAUCCGCUCCUCCACCACCAGACCUACCACUGUCAGACUUGUAUCACGAAGACCCAGUUUCGAGUCGUCCCGCUUGAGCGGCUUCAAGAAACCAUUUCAGACAACAGCAGCUCUCACGGGCGCCCGCCGCACGCCCACACCACCCACCACCACAACCAGCAGGGACUAUGGCAGACGGACAUCUCCAGGGAUAAAUUCUGGACGCCAGAGAUUGAGUGGGUCAAGUAGAGGCAGAGUAGAGGAAGCUCCGGUGUACCGCACCUCUACCACGGCGUACCGUGCACCGUCUUCACUAUAUAACGUGAGAGGAGCCAGCACCACCACCGUCACCGCACCAGCACAACCUGACUUCAUCCAGUCUGACCCUAACAUCUACGUGCCGGUGGAGUACGACGAGGAGGCCAUCCCUGGUGAGGCUGGCCUCGACUACCCUGUCUACGAUACCGUCCCAGACACUGGCUUCUCCUGUGUCGACCAGGAACACCCAGGGCUCUACGCUGAUGUCGACGCUAAGUGCCAGACGUUCCACAUCUGCCAGGAUGACGGGAGACAAGACUCGUUCUUGUGCCCCAACGGGACGGUCUUCAACCAACAGUACUUCGUCUGUGACUGGUGGUACAACUUCGCCUGCGAUCAAGCCACCAGAUUCUACUCUCUUAAUGCCUUACUCUACGUACUCCCAGACACGGGAAAGUACGCCAGAAAAUAAAUCGAAGACAUCUGUUUACAUAUAUAUAUUACAUAUAUAUAUUAUUUCUGCUCAUUUGCGAUGUGAUUAUACAUUUUAAUACACGAGGUGAUUCGUCUUGCUGCGAUUUUGUUUCUAAGUGUGAGAGAAAAUACAAGGAGAGUAAGUUAAGUAGUUCGUGUGUAUACACGAAGAGUGUUAAGUGUAGUUUCGUGUAAAUAUGAUGUUUAUAUUUUUCAUAUAUUGUAUAUAAAAUUGUAGGCUGAUGUUUUGUGCUAUUCUCCACACUACUGACUGCUUACUUGCCGUUCAUUCUCAGUGACGUAUACACUUUGGUAAUGUAUAUACAUUCUCAGUGACGUAUACACUUUGGUAAUGUAUAUACAUUCUCAGUGAUGUAUACACUUUGGUAAUGUAUAUACAUUCUCAGUGACGUAUACACUUUGGUAAUGUAUAUACAUUCUCAGUGAUGUAUACACUUUGGUAAUGUAUAUACAUUCUCAGUGAUGUAUACACUUUGGUAAUGUAUAUGCAUUCUCAGUGACGUAUACACUUUGGUAAUGUAUAUACAUUCUCAGUGAUGUAUACACUUUGGUAAUGUAUAUACAUUUUCAGUGAUGUAUACACUUUGGUAAUGUAUAUACAUUCUCAGUGAUGUAUACACUUUGAUAAUGUAUAUACAUUCUUAGUGAUGUAUACACUUUGGUAAUGUAUAUACAUUCUCAGUGAUGUAUACACUUUGAUCAUGUAUAUACAUUCUCAGUGAUGUAUACACUUUGAUAAUGUAUAUACAUUCUCAGUGAUGUAUACACUUUGGUAAUGUAUACACAUUCUCAGUGAUGUAUACACUUUGGUAAUGUAUACACAUUCUCAGUGAUGUAUACACUUUGGCAAUGUAUACACAUUCUUGGUGAUGUAUACACUUUGGUAAUGUAUACAUUUUAGUAAGAUAUACAUUAAUAAAGUGUAUUAGAGGGAAUAUGUGUACAUUCACAUGAAUGUGUAUACCUUAUGCAUUUUCAAUUACGUAUACACAUUCUUACUGAUGUGUACACAUUAUCAGCAACGUAUACACAGUAAUAUAUACACUCAAUGAUAUAUACAUAUCAAUAAUACAUACACAUUCUUAGUGAUGUAUACAUAUCCAGAUCAACGUAAGUUGUGCUAAAAAAAUGCAUGUUAUCUUAGAUGUAUAAAAACCUUGCCAUACAUGUAUAGAGAUGUGUAAUAUGUAUUAUCAGUGGUGAUAGUCAAAAUUGGAGAAUGUGAGACGUAUUGCUGUGGUUACUAGUCCGAUCUUCAACGUCUGUUUUUCCCUGUGAUUGAGAUAAUCCAAGUAUUUGUUUUCUGUCACUUGCGACUUGAUAAUAGUUCAGGGCGAACCGAAACCUCGUCUAGUUUCCAUCUGCAGUUUGUGAGGUUAGUUGUGAAUGGCUGUUAUUCCCUGAAAUCUAAGCGGUGACUUCGUACGUCAUUUACAUUGGGUCAUCCAAGACACUUGUAACUUUCUUUCGGGUCGAGUCAUCUCUUAACUGAACUUUCUUUAAUGUGUAAGACCAAUAAAAGUGCAAUGAACAUUUGUCGAUGCUAAUAACUCACAUGAAAACAGAUGCUCGGAAAAUAAUGCAGGUCUGUAUAUUUCGACCCUUAACUGGAGUCCAGUCCCGUUUUAUAUCUGCUGAGUAGGAUUCAGGUUGAAAGCCGAUGUAUUCAGAUACACUUUAUUUUCCAAGUUUCUGUCUACAAGUGGAUUACAACGUUCUGUAAUGUGUGUUAGAGGCGCCGUACAGCGCAUCGCUCUACAACAACAAUGACGUUGAGUGUGUAUUGAGAGUCACACCUCACCAAAGGCUGGGUCAGCAAAAAUCCCUUGUGAUAUUUGUGCAAAACAAUGGACACCAUUAUGGUUAUUUAACUCAGGUGGGUUAUUAACCCAGAAUAACCCAACACAACCCGAUAAUACAGCUCAUUUCCUUCAAGAGUCGCGAAAUCUUAACGGCUUUGAGGGGACUUGAGCUAGAGUUCUUCACGGCCAUGCUGGCGUGAGAUUCAUCAGUAAAAACUUGCAUUUGCGAUUACAGUGGGGCCUAUGCUAACCUCCCUAUAGCGUAUAAAUAUACCUAGUUAGUGUGUUGUAGGCAGCUGGCCCAGUGGCUUACGCACUGGCCUGGAGUUUUACGACCCACCAUGGGUUCUAACCCCACCCCCUACCGUGAUUUCCAUCAAGGUACUUUCCCAGGAUGCGACCCACAUAGUCAGGUACCGAUUUAAUGCUAAAUGAACAGGGGCCGCAGCUAUAAGGAGAUUUGUACAUACGUCUCAACUGGCAUGGGAACCAAACCCGGGCUCUGAAUGUGAGCUAAACACUUAACCGCUAAACUACAAUGGCUGACGUUUAGCGCUUUAUUUAAUUAUAAUACAAUGGCUGACAACCGAUUACCGUGUUAAGAUUAUGUUUAAUUUAUAGUUCAUUCCACUACUCUCUGCGAGUCAUUUGUUGUACCAGAGUUGCUGGCUACUGUGUCAUAAGAUCAGACUCUCAACUUCAGCUUAAGACAGGAUUUUUACUAUUGGGAUGUAUUAGUCAACUGUUAUCACCAUGAAACCAGAUUUUUUUAUAUAUUUUUCCUGGUCGAUAAAGGUGAAGACAUUCUGAGAGGAGGACACUUUAUAAUUCCUUGAUAAGUUCCUUAUCAUGUACUGCUGUCAGUGAAUACUCUUUAUUUCCGAUUUUCUGUCUUGUUCUGUGUGUGUGGACUCAAUUGUACUCACCUAAUUGUAUGUGUGGUUCACCAUUACUGUCUCCUCAGCAUCUUAGCAAGGUCGUGUUUUCUCACCUCUAGUUAAGUCUUGUUAAUAUUUAUUGUCACUCAGGGGCCACAAUCUGAGCUCUCCUGGAUAAAGAAUUACUGGCUUACUGGUUGGUAAUCACCCAUCUCUCUCUCUCUCUCUCUCUCUCGGUUGUUUACACACAUUGCUGUCUUGACUUCCUCUUUCGUUCAUUCUCUCUCGUGUAACAUGUCUCCAGGCGUCUUCCGUAGAUCAAACUGUUUCUUCUCUGAUAUUAGGUGUAUAAACACCACUUGCCAGUGUUAUGAAGGAUUACCCUUACAUAAUAUUUACUUGUAUAUAAAACAAAAA